AUCAUACUUGAGAUCAUGUUAGUCCUCACCUAUGAACUAAGUGAAGUUGGCUUUCAUCUAUGCUCUUUAGUGUUUGUGGUGUGAACUCAUCAUAGAAUGUCUUGACAACAUUGAUUGAGAAUACAUUUACGAGCAAGUCAAGCACAUUUAGUCCCUCUUAGGGGUACCCGAAAAUGAUAGCCAGAAGGCUCUACCGUUUGCCUUCGCCUCCCUCCAUCUUCUUCACAAUCGCACACAGAUCCUCAAGCUCCUCUAACCCUUUCCGUGAUGGGUCUUCUUCUUCUUCCUCUUAUUCUUCCACCCACCAUCUCCCCUGUUUCCAAGCGUUGCGGUCGUAUGCUCGCAAUAGAGGCCAUUAUGAUCUAUUCGGGGGUCGUGUGCCUGGGGCCAAAGAAUUUAGGAAGACCUGGGCUAAAGAAAUGGAAGACGAGGAUGGGUGUCUAUGGACGGCAAGCGAGGAUGAGAGCGACCAUGAAAAUGAACCGAGUUCUCUGAAGAAGGAAAUCAGAAAGGCCAAGCAAAGAGCUGUUGAACGCUCGGACCGCAUUGAUGCAGACGACAGUGAUGAGCUGAGGAGUGUGUGGUCUGGCAGUGAUGAUGAGAAGUCACUAUGGACUGGCAGUGAAGGAGAUGAUGAAGAUGACAUUCCCACAGAAGCUUACCCACAUGAGAAGAGCGACGAAUACAUUGAUAAACUUUUUGAGUUUGAUGAAAAACCCAAGUUUCGAAAACUCUCUGAUGCACUGAAAGACGAGGAGGAACCGGACGAGUUAUCACCCGGGAAGAAAGCAAGGAAACUUGCAGUUGAAAAUGCCCUUAAGAAGUUGAAGAAAGGACCCGAUGGUCGAUAUGUAAAUGUGUGGGAGGUCAUGAGUGAUCUGGACAUUCUAAUUGGUGCUUUUGAGAACAUCAUUUCAGGGCCAGAGUAUGCAGAACUCAGGCAGGGAGGACCUAAGAAGCUGAAUAUGCAGUUCUUUAAGGACAUUCAAGCUCGUAUGCGAGACCCAAACUAUAAAUUCUCUCCCGAAAUGAAGUUGAAACCGAAGAGCAAAGUGGUACCAAGGAAGAAGUGGCAGAAGGUUGAAUCUCGGCGUAGGAAAGCACGGAAUCGCUAACUGAGGUGUAGAGCAUUUUGUAGGUUGCAUCAGCAGCUCCAGCUUCCAUGGAAGAAGAGACAGGUGAUGAAACACCACUUGAUGGUGAAGAUGCAGGUGCAGAUGAUGGAGAUCCCAUUGGA